AUGGCUCGCGCUCCUUUCAUUGUUCCGGCGCUUAAGAAGCACACCGCGACCGUCAUCAUGGCCCACGGGUUGGGCGACACGAUGGCUCUCGCCCAGAACUGGCGUCGUCGCGGCAAGUUCGACGAGGUGGCCUUCAUCUUCCCCAAUGCGCCCGCGAUCCCGAUCACUGUUUUGGACCUCGAAGACAACCUCCGCACCCAAGAUGAGGCAGGUAUCCUCCGUUCCCGUGACUACUUCAACACCCUCAUCAAGGAGGAGAUGGACAAGGGUAUCAAGGCCUCGCGUAUCAUCCUGGGCGGGUUCUCCCAGGGUGGUGCGAUGUCGCUCUUCGCUGGUGUGACAGGUAAGGAGAAGCUGGGUGGUGUCUUUGGUCUGUCAUCCUACUUGCUUCUGAGCGACCGGAUCAAGAACUUCGUGCCUGAAGAUUGGGUGAACAAGAAGACUCCGUUCUGGAUGGGUCACGGACUCGAUGACGAUAUUGUUCAAUUCAGCUAUGGACAGAAGUCCGCAGAGAUGCUCAAGGCGCUUGGUCUUGAGAAUGUCUCCUUCAACCAAUACGCUGAUCUUGGCCACUCGGCCGAUCCCCAGGAAAUCGAUGAUUUGGAGAAGUUCAUCGAGAAGGUGCUCCCAGCUGAGGAAGGUAACACUUCCGCUGGUUUAUGA